GUGCGGCGGAGAACAUCGACCUCAUGACCACCAUCCUGUCUCGAUUCGACCUCAUCUUCAUCGUUAGGGACAUCAGGGAUGAGGAGCGCGACCGCAGCAUCGCCAAGCACGUGAUGAGCGUGCACAUCAACGCCUCGGGGGUGAAUGCCGGUGCCCAGGAAGGGGACAUCGACAUCGCCACCAUGAAGAAGUUCGUCAGCUACUGCCGCCUCAAGUGCGCUCCCCGUCUGUCGGAGGCGGCGGCGACAAUGCUCAGCAGUCAGUACGUGUCCAUCCGCGAGGACGUUCGGCGACGGACGCUGGAACUCGGAGAGGAUGCACAAGCGGUCCCUAUCACUGUGCGCCAACUUGAGGCCCUGGUGCGUCUCUCAGAGUCUCUGGCCAAGAUGCGCCUGUCUGCCGAGGUGUCGAGCCAAGACGUACAGGAAGCCCUCCGCCUCUUCAAGGUUUCGACCAUGGCAGCGGCGUCCGCGGGGUCCACCGCUGGUGACCUGGGCUCCCUCCGGCCGGAGACUCAGCAGGAGGUCCGCAGGGCGGAAGACUUCCUCAAGAGGAGGAUCGCCGUUCGCAGCACCGUCAACCGAAAAAAGGUUGGGGAGGAAGCAACAGGCCAGGGACACCCGGCGACAGCAGUAACACGAGCAAUAGCCAUCAUGGCGGUAAGAGGCGAGCUGCAAGAGAAGAACAGAGGGUUCUUGCUGUACCGGGCGCGAUAGAUAGAUGGAACCGAGGGAGCGAGAGAAUGAAGG